GUUCGUGUAUCUCUGAUCUGUUAGUGCUGUGGUGUUCAUGUAGAGAAAGAGAGCAUGUAGAGUAAAGUCAGUAGAGUAAAAUAACUUUUCUUUUCCUGUAUAUUAUCUUUUGUGUGUUACAUUAAACGCCUGGAUAUAUCCACUUAUAUAUUCAUAUAUAUCUACAUAUACAUAUACAUGCGGUUAGACAGUUUAUUGCAUCCUACAGUAUAUGUCCGCGCUCGUACUCGUACUAUUUUAUAACACAGACACAGACAGACACAGGACAUAGGACACAGUGAGACAUCCACAAGAUAAGACAUUUGCAAGUUUAAAGAUAAUUUAAUUAAAGUACCGCAGAGCCAGCUAAUCAAAAUUCAAAUUACGAAAUAAUAUUUUUAAAAUAUAUAUUUAUAACGCACGAGUGUUUACAGGGAAAUUUCGGUCCAGGAUAUUGAGGACUGAGAGACAAAGAAGUAGAAAGUUGCGAUGUACACAACCUGAUUGUUGUUUUAAAUAACAUAAUUAAGGAUUAUCAAUUAGAGAUGAGUGUAUUUGGUGAUUUUCAACGUGUCUGGGUCGAAAGAUUUCCCGACAGUGCGUUACCCGCUGCCUGGGAAGAAGACGUUCGUGCUAAUUUAAUAAAACACAAGCAAAAGGUCGCGACGUUGAGAGAAGAACUUGAGAAGGAAGAAUUUUAUGUCGAGUAUUUAGAGAGGCUGCUUGCUGAUGUUGAGCACCACCGCAAGUUAGCUGCCAAUUCAAACUCCGGAUCUGUAAAUGUUUCACCCACGGGUACAAAAAAUAAACGGUGUCACAAAAUAAGCGAAUCUGCUGAUGAUAAUCCUGUUAAGACACCGCCUUCGCUGCCUGUUCGCAAGGACAUCAGUAAACUCCAGGACAAGUGCGUGUCCGAGUUGAGCUGCUCGCUGAAUUCAUCACGCAGACCCAAGAGCGAAAUCCCAAAGAGUCCGAUAAAAACAGCUGAUGCUGUAAGAAGAAACAGCGAUCCUGAUAUUCCGAGUAAUUACGUCACUGUGAUUGAAGUAACUGGCAGCAGCAAGAAAGACAGCAGUACCAAGAACACUGAUGAGUUUAAAGAAAAUGAUAAGGUGACCAAGAACAGCGACGACGCUGAAGACGGUGACGCAGAAGCUUCUGAGGAAGAGCCGUACUAUGAUUCGGUGGCGCUGGACCAAACUGGAGAGUAUGUUUACAUUGACGCACGGAUUCCGAUAAUAAACAAUGACCGCAGUGCUAGAAGACCUCCUUCAUUGCCAGACUCGCCGGGUAACCGCAGUAAUUACGUCAACAUCGAUUACUUCAUACAGCACCGGGUUGCGAUUGACAGCGAGGACGAAGAAGCCGCAAAUUCCGCGCCGGCGAUACUUCUGCGGGCUCUGAGUACCGAUAACGAGACGGGAAGCAGCGACGCAGAACCUCUGAGCCUCAGUGAAGGCAGCCUCGAGUCUCCUACACCCACGACUCCGCGGAGGCAACCCAAAGACCAUGAGGAUGACCGAGUUUCUAUGGUUAAAUGUAUCGUUAACUCAGUUGUCGAGAGCGAGACUGUUUACGUUGAGUGUCUCACUGUCAUGCUGCAGUACAUGAAAGCGAUACGAGCAACUCUGACAACUUCCCAGCCGGUUAUUUCGGAGGAGGAGUUCGGUACCAUGUUCUAUAAAAUACCAGAACUUCAUGCUCUGCAUCAGAAUUUUCUGGACGAGUUGCGCGGCAAGCUCGAUAAAUGGGACACCAAAACGUCUAUUGGUGAACAGUUCAAAGCAAUGGCGAGUAAUAUUAAUUUGUAUGGAGCAUUUUUGCACAAUUAUGCCCGCGCUACUGACACGGUACGAAGAUGCUCGACAAAUUCGGCACAAUUUGGCGACAUAACGCGUGACAUAAGACUGCGCGGGAACCCGAAAGGUCCUGGAUUGUCGCUGGAAGAUUUGCUGCACAAACCUGUUGCUAGAGUACAAAAGAAUGCGCUGGUACUGCAUGACCUCUUGAAGCAUACGCCCACGAGUCAUGCGGAUCAUGUUCCGUUAUCGGAAGCACUGGCGAUGACGAGACAUUUUCUUGAUGAAUUUAAUAUUAUUCAAACAAAAUCAAUGUUUCCGAGUCAUGAUCGCGCGCAGAGACGGCUGGUUAAAAAUUCGUUCAUUGUCGAGUUAGCUGAUGGACAUCGUAAAUUAAGGCACUUAUUUUUAUUCAAUGACGUUAUUGCUUGCGCCAAGUACAAGGCCUCGGGCAGAGAUAAAUUUACCUUUGAAUUAAAAUGGUACGUUCCUGUAGCGGAGGCCAUUGUGAUGGAAGAUGGUGUGGAACCGCGGGAAGCGAGUCCAGCAAAUGUUGUUGCCUUGAGAUCGCAGGCUUGUACUGUGAGAGAUCAAAUACUGUGGGAAGAGCGUAACGAUGAGAAGAAAAAUCGUCUCGGCAGAUGCUCGGAGAAGAAUAGAAAAAAGUUGGCUGAGUUAGAAGCCCAAUUAGUCCUCGCGUCACCAAAUUUACUGCUAAGAGUUUCGCACAAAAAUCAACAUCGCGCGCAAAGCAGCUGCUACACUUUCUUUUUAUCCAGCGAGUUCGAGCGCUCGCAGUGGAUCGAGGCAGUGGAGGCGCUUCAGCAGGGAGGGCAACCGCCGGGGUCUUUGCCUCUGUCUAUGUACGAGCUCCAGGCCUGGGUCACCGCGUGUCGGACUUACCUGCAAACCGACAUGGGAAGUUACUUGAUGCGCUCCGGCCGCGAUGAAAGUCUCCUGCUGGGUGACUUACAUCUGACUUUACUAGGACUCACCCCUCCGGGACUAGACAGACCUGGGGAUUUGUACAUCGUCGUGGAGGUCGACAGCUACGGGCAUUAUUUCAAGCGCGCAAAGAGCCGCGUCGUGCGUGGACAGGCUCCAACUUGGGGAGAGACGUUCGUUGUUGAACUCGAGGGCAGUCAGAAUCUCAGGAUUCUGCUGUACGAGGAGUGCGCCGGCAGAUCGGUACUCAGAGGCAAGUGCACCCAGCGUUUAAGUCGAUCCUGGCUGCAAUCAGAUCCCAUUGAAAGAUCUCUCAAUCUGGGACCUACUAGUUUGGACGUCGGGUUGAAAUUCGUCCCUUCUGAAGUUACUUUAAGACGAGUUCCUUCUGCAAAACCUCAAGGGCUUUUUGGUGCUAAAAUUCAACAAGUUUGCAAACGAGAAAAACGUGAUGUUCCAUUUAUAAUAACAGCUUGUGUUAGAGAAGUUGAACGUCGCGGUAUGAAUGAAGUCGGACUUUAUCGAGUGUCAGGUUCAGCAUCAGAUGUCACUAAAUUACGGAAGUCAUUUGAAAGUAAUUCGUAUGAAGCUGAGCAACUUUUAAAAGAGGUUGAUGUCCACUCAGUAACAGGAGUCUUGAAACUUUAUCUGCGCGAAAUGCCAGAAGCUUUAUUUACCGAUGCACUGUACCCGUCAUUUUUGGAGGCCUUUCAAACCGGGGACCUGGCCCGAGGCUCGGCGCUGCGCCGAGUCUAUGAAAACUUGCCGUCCGUCAACAAGGCGGUGAUUGAUUUCCUGCUUGCGCACUUGAAGCGGGUAAACAAAAAUGAGACACAAAACAAAAUGUCAUUGCACAAUUUGGCGACAGUAUUUGGACCGACAUUACUGCGUCCCGGUACCAAUAACUCGCGGAAUGAUCCCAAGAGUCGUGACCCACUGGCUGCUGGUACCGUUGACGUGAUGGCACAGGCUGGGAUUCUCUAUUAUUUUCUACAACAAAAUAAUAUUAUUACGCGGGAAAACAAUCAAUCGCUUUAAUCUAGUCGAUAUUUAAAUCAACACGAUCAUUUUUAAAUCAUUCAUACACUAUUUUAAUAUAAUCUUUUUUUUUAUAAAUAUAUAAUAUAAUAACAAUAAUAUAAUAAUAAAACUAAUAAUAAUAAUAAUAAUGUCAAGUGUACUUGAAAAAAAAAAAGAAAAAAAUGAGACCAGUGACAAGCAUGCGAAUGCUACAUAUUUUUCUUUAACAUAGGCUUGUUUUUUAUAUAUAUUUAUUAUUUAUUGUAUGUAAAAAUAAAUAUAAAUAUAUAUAAAAAAUUAUAUCAGCGUUUACUCGAGUGCUUAAUGCAUAAAUAUAAACGUACUCAUUUAAUGAUAAGAGACUGAUAAGCCAGUACUGUAAUGAUUUUUUUAAAAAUAAGAAUCCAUGGUAUGGAUUUUUUUAUGAUAUAUAUUUAUACAUAUAAAUAUAUAUAAUUGAUAUUUUUACACUAAAAGACCGGGGUUUCAUGAGUAUUUUGACGAAAAAUUACGUAGUGCCAAACAUUUAAAAUUCAAAUUGUGAAAAUUUUUUCGGAUUAUCCUGAAAUUAAAUGUUGAGAUUUUUUUUUUCAAAUUAAAAU